GCUCUUUUCACAGUUCAGCUGCUGUGAAAUGUACAGCUUUAUAAAAUCAGACGAGCGGCUGAGGAUAGAAGCAGAGAGUCGCAAUUAAUCGAUUUUAUCAACAUUUUGCUGCGACUGAAAUUCAGGAAGGAACGACAGCAUACGUGUGUGUAUCAGUAUUAAGAUGGGAGUUUGGAGUGUGUGCUGCAUUUUGCUCUUCAGCUGUCAGCUGAAGUUCUCCUGUGCUCACAAUGACUUCUUCACAUCCAUCGGUCACAUGACGGAUCUGCUGUUCACAGAGAAAGAUCUUGUGACAUCACUGAAAGAUUACAUCAGAGCAGAGGAGAGGAAACUGGAGCAGGUCAAACAGUGGGCUGAAAAGCUGGAUGCUCUAACAACCACAGCCACUCAGGACCCAGAGGGGUUUUUGGGUCACCCUGUCAAUGCCUUUAAACUGAUGAAGAGACUCAACAAAGAGUGGAGUGAAGUUGAAGACCUUGUUCUCAAAGACAUGUCUGAUGGCUUCAUCUCAAAUUUGACCAUUCAGCGUCAGUAUUUCCCUAAUGAUGAGGACCAGACGGGUGCGGCCAAAGCUCUCCUCCGACUACAGGAUACUUACAAACUGGACACACAGACCAUCUCCUCUGGAGACCUGCCUGGCCUCACGACAGGCUUGCCAUUUAAGAGCACUCUGACAGUAGAGGAUUGUUAUGAGUUGGGAAAAAUUGCCUACUCUGAAGCAGACUACUACCACACAGAGCUGUGGAUGGAACAGGCUCUCAAACAACUGAAUGAGGAAGAAGAAUCCAGCAUCAAGAUUGUGACAGUGCUGGACUACCUCAGCUACUCAGUGUACCAGCAAGGGGAGCUGGAGAGAGCUCUUGACUAUACCAUGAGACUGCUUACUAUGGAUCCUGAGCACCAGAGGGCCCUUGGGAACUUGAAGUACUUUGACUAUCAGCUCGCCAAACAGAAGAAGGCUGAGAGAGAGCAGAGCGCUAAAGAGGAGAGCAAGAAUAAGCAACAGAAGGACUCUGAGAGAAAAGAAUAUCUGCCUGAGAAAAGGAAGUAUGAGCAGCUGUGCAGAGGAGAGGGACUCAGAAUGUCUCCUCGCAGACAGAGGCGUUUGUUCUGCCGUUACUACAACAACAACAGACAUCCAUUUUACAUGCUCGGGCCAGUUAAACAGGAGGAUGAAUGGGAUCGUCCACGUAUUGUCCGUUACUACAACGUUAUAACAGAAAAAGAGAUGGAAAAGAUCAAGGAGUUGGCCAAACCCAGACUGCGCAGAGCCACCAUCUCCAACCCCAUUACAGGUGUUCUAGAGACCGCACAGUAUCGCAUCAGUAAAAGGCGUGCUACCGUGCAUGACCCACAAACGGGCAAACUCACCACCGCCCAGUACAGAGUUUCCAAGAGCGCAUGGUUGGCGGCCUAUGAGCAUCCAGUUGUAGAUCGCAUUAAUCAACGUAUAGAAGACAUCACAGGCCUAGAUGUGAAAACAGCAGAAGAGCUGCAGGUAGCAAAUUAUGGUGUUGGAGGACAAUAUGAGCCACACUUUGACUUUGGACGGAAAGAUGAACCAGAUGCCUUUAAAGAGCUGGGCACAGGGAAUCGAAUAGCAACCUGGCUAUUCUAUAUGAGUGAUGUACCAGCAGGAGGCGCCACAGUCUUUCCAGAAGUAGGAGCUGCAAUAAAGCCGAUGAAGGGUACAGCAGUAUUUUGGUAUAAUCUCUUUCCCAGUGGAGAAGGAGAUUACAGCACACGACAUGCGGCUUGUCCAGUACUGGUGGGCAACAAGUGGGUUUCAAAUAAAUGGAUCCAUGAGAGAGGUCAGGAAUUCAGAAGACCGUGUGGCCUGAAAGAGACUGAUUGAUCGAACUGGAAGCCCAAACUAUCCUCCAUCUCUUCUACUUUCCCUGGAGUCUUAAUAGAUGUCUAACCUGUCUCAAAAACACAGCACCCUCCAUACUGUACAAAUCCACUGUGUCCACAGCAGCCAACAAUGUUACCUAUCACAUUUAUUUUUAAUAAGUUUACGUGUGUGUGUGUGUGUGUGUGUGUGUUUUUUACAUGACCUCUGUUAGUGCCUUUUGUUGUUGAAUUCCAGAGCUUCUAUGGAUGAAGCCAUUGCUGAAAAACACUCCAAAACCGAACAAACAUCAGGAUAUUUAGGUCACUUGGGCAGCAGAAAUCCAGACAAUUCAAAUUUGUAUGCCCUUACUUUGCUUCACUCCGUCACAUGGACUUGGAUGUACAUCAUUGUUCAUGUUGCAAAAGUGCCCACUAAUGGUGGAUCCCACACAAUGGGCUUAAAUGGAACGACCUAAGCCCUUGAUCACUUCAGCUGCUGUGGACUGGAGCAAAAGGCUGAUGCCAUUUUAUUAAAUUGGCAAUAUUUUGGCAAUAUUUGCACCUGAAGAGACAACAUCUUCAGCGAUUGAUACAAUCCCAGAUUCAAGUAAAGUUUAGUUGUAAUUUCAGAGGCUUAUAUAUAGAUCUUGUCUGUUAAGAAAAAAAAAGUUUUUAUUAGAAUUAAUAGUCAGAAAGUAUAAUUGUUGGUUCAACCUAUUGUCUCAAAAGGCUGUUAGCUGUUUGACUGUAAUAACAAAUUAUAAAUUCUUUCCCUGAUGAUUGCA